AUGCAGGGGGAUCUGAACUCUCCAGUACCGGCAGUUGACCCCCAUGUUGAUCUGUCAGGCCAACAGGAGAAGUCUGAGCAUGGGUCCUGGGAAGUUGCUUCGCAAAAUGGUUCUCAGCCACAACCGCGUCUUGAGAGUCGGGAUUCAGUUUUGGCUGUACCAAAUCUUGUCGGCGCAACCAUCCAGCAUGAGAUGAUCGUCGAGUACCUCUACCAGCAGCAGCGCAGCAGAUGUUGGAUUGGGGAUCUCGACUCUCUAGAGGAAGGAGCUUUUAUGAGAGACAGCUGGAACAGCUAUAUUACGGCACCUGUCCUUCUUUCAGCAAGUGUACUUGCUGAAGCAUUGGUUGAUUUGAACGCAGAGAUUGUCAUCACAUUGAAAUCAAAAGUUGUCGAGACCGCCUUCAGAGUCAUGGAAUCAACGGACAGAGUGACACUAAGAUCAGGACUUGAGAUUCAAGUGCUGCCAUCACUUCAAGAUAUAAAGCUGGCUCAAAGACAUCAAUGUGCAGCAUUUAUUCUCGAAGAGUCCUAUAUUCUGGUUUGGGACGAUAGCCCAACGAAGCUCUUAGAUCGAGCCGCGGAUUUGGAGCACCAACUAGUCGAUAUUGCGUGGUUUACUGCGACAGGAUGCGAUUUGAAGCCCGCGUCUCUCUACGAAGAUGGCGGCUCAUUACUGGAGCUCGGGUAUGUGGUUGAACGCCGUCCAACAUACAUCAACAGUGUUAUCUGUGCCUGUACACUAGCACUCAGUCUACUGGUCGUUGGGCUUGGUAUGAAGAUACUGGCGCAGGAAUCAGCGCUCGAUCAUACGUAUGCUCGACUGGCAGCUAUUGCAUUCACACCUAUACAGUUUCUAUUAGCACUGUUCUUCAUGCAAGUUGUCAUUGUUUGUGCCUUCCAACUCCUAGGCCCUGUGGGGCAGUGCCACACAAACUCGACAUACUACUCCGCGAAGCCGCCGCCUCGAGUAAAAAGACUGGAGGCACUUCCUCAUGUGACCAUCCAAUGCCCGAUCUACACAGAGAGUCUAGCUACUGUCGUUGAGCCAACGAUAAUGUCCUUGAAAGCGGCCAUUUCAACAUAUGAAAUGCAAGGAGGGUCAGCGAACAUAUUUGUGAACGAUGAUGGAAUGCUUUCUGGACUCACCAAGCUUGAAGUCGACAAUAGGAAAAAAUUCUACAAGAAAAACAACAUUGGCUGGGUUGCCCGUCCAGCUCAUAAUCCCGUUGCAUUAACAGGAAAGCCAAAAUUUCUCAGAAGGGGCAGAUUUAAGAAGGCUUCAAAUAUGAAUUUUGGCUUGAUGAUAAGCGUUAAGCUCGAAGAGAAGCUUGCCAGGGUUACAAGAGAUGAAACCUGGUCACAGCAGGACGAGGAUAAGGAGUACGAGAAAAGUCUGCUCGAAGUUAUGUCCGAGCUGCCUUGCAGCCCAUUGGCGGGUGGAAAUAUUCGAGUUGGAGAUUAUAUUCUUUUGGUGGACUCUGAUACACGCAUCCCUGAGGAUUGCUUGCUUGAUGCUGUGCAUGAGAUGCAAUUAUCACCUGAAGUUGGUAUUUUACAGUACACUUCCGGGGUGUUGCAUGUGACCAAAGAUUUCUUUGAAAGUGGUAUCUCGUAUUUUACGGACUUAAUCUAUACUGCCAUUGGCUAUAUGGUAUCGAAUGGUGAUGUUGGACCAUUUGUUGGCCACAACGCGAUGCUACGUUGGUCAUCUAUGCAAGACGUCGCGUACUUUGACGAAGACCAGAUUAUUAAAUUCUGGUCCGAAUGCAGUGUCUCGGAGGACUUCGACAUGUCACUUCGCCUUCAACGCCAAAAUUGGACCAUUAGAUUCGCGACGUAUACUGGGGAAGGAUUCAAGGAAGGCGUCUCCUUGACAAUCUAUGAUGAGAUUACGCGAUGGGAAAAAUACGCCUACGGCUGUAGUGAGCUAGUCUUCAAUCCGCUGAAAGACUGGCUGCGAAAAGGCCCUUUCACACCACUCAUCCGUCAUUUUGUCACAUCAAAGACACCAAUAGCGUCUAAGCUUAGCACGAUUGGCUACAUUGCCAGUUACUAUGCUAUCGGAUCCGCCUGGAUCUUCAGCUUGGUCAACUUCUUUCUGAUUGGAUGGGCAGAUACCUUGAUUGAUCACUGGUAUCUUCCAUCUUUCAACGUAUUCAUUGGAUUGGUAUUCGUUUUCAGUUUUUUAAGCAACAUCUGUCUUGCUUGGUUAAGGUACCGAACCAGUACAAGAACAAAUCUGGUCGAGUCAUUGUUCGAGAAUUUCAAAUGGGUCCUGAUGUUCUCAAUUCUCUUCGGCGGUUUAUCUCUCUCCGUCAGCCGCGCACUACUUUGCCAUAUGUUUUCUAUCAACAUUCAAUGGACAACAACUAAUAAAGAGGUCGAGAAUUCGAACUUUUUUCGAGAAGUGCCAAAAAUUCUCAACCGUUUCAGCGGACGCUUCUCAUACUGCCUUGGCGGUCUCCUCUUGAUUUUUGUAUGUGCAUAUGCUGUUCCAUACCAGUGGAGAAUUCGGCAAUUUACUGCAAUCUUCCCUCUCGCGCUCUCUGUCGCGAAUCACUUUUUGCUCCCUAUUGCGCUCAAUCCGGCUUUGAUGAGGCUCACAUGGUAAAAUUAUGGACUCAAGUCAACACGUACAUACACACACAUGUAUAAACUAUUCAUUGUACUUAGCUCUUUGUAUUUAUCACAGAUUGUACGUUAAUAUAUAAUAAUAAU